AUGAGGUGCAAAGGCCUUAUCAAGGAGGGUCUGCUACCCCUCCACGGUGUGAACGUGUUCCUUUUCCUCGCUCCUGGCUUGAUGUGGUUGUCGUCUUCCAAGGUUGUCUUGACCCCUCGUCCCUUUCCGGGUCUAGCCAACUCCCCAUUCAUGUCCUUCUCCCCUCAUUUCCUAUUCUUGUUUUCUCUGCGAUUUCUGUUCCUCUGAAGUUCGCUUUUCUUUCUUGCCGUGCUCUGUCUCUCUCUCUCUUUAUCCCUACUCGAUAUUCUUUUUGCCAUCCCCAUCUAGUCGUCAUCCUUUCCGGCUCCCAUCCUCCUAGCUUCAAUCCAAUCUGGCAGUCUAUCGCUGCCAGAGUGUGUCGAACAAUCAUCAUGACGUCUCCUCUCAACUCUUCAUCGAUCCCCCCUAUUACCGCUCUACGACAAGAACUCGAUUACGGUGACCCCACACUGGCGAGGUGUCAAGCAUUCUACGAUAGCACGCGUCUCUUUCGGAAGACUUUCGUGAGCAGUCAAGGAUGGGACGGCAGCUCCAUCCAUGACUGGAAAUCAAGAGAGCAUCAAGUUGCACUGGGCGAGAUGGUUCGAUCCUAUCUCGAGCAGCACAAAAACGGAAGAUUCUUCUGGCCGGACGACAAGUCAUCAAGUCGCGCCAACAAAUUUCAAUAUUCAACAGACAGUGGACGAAUCAAGAGAGUCAUGCGGCAGCUUUUCUGGCGAUUGAAUAUCCAACAAUUCCGCAACAGCAAAUACAGGAGCAGAGGCAGGACGAGCGGCCCCAGGGAGAAGAAGGGCAGGGAGCCCAGUCAAGAACUGGGAAUAGAGACAGACCAUGAUGUCGGCGUCGGCGCUUCCGCCAGUCGUGAUGCUGCCGGAACACCUGCUACUCCAAGAUCAUCAACAUUCAUCAACCUGACCGACUCACCCCUCGCUGUCCAGACUGAUGUCGUCAACCACGACUCGAGUGAGGCUCAAAUACAACCUGCGAUGGGGUUUAGGAUUAUCGAAGAUCCAUAUCGUGUCCCUGACAGCCCAGGCCCGCGUGUCUUGCCUCCGCAGGACCAGCCCACAUUUGCCGUCAUCUCGACGGGCAUUGACGACGAUGGUCACCAAGUCGCCCCCGUCGCCAACAUGGAUCCAUCCACAAUGCCGCCCCGAGGCGACGACAGAUCCUCCGCCCGCAUGUCGAAGAAAAGAGCUGGGAAACAGCCCGCUGGCGUGUGUAAAAGCAGGAUCUCCCCCCGUAAGCGCAAGUUGCGCAGCGUAAGGGAUCAGGCGACAGAAGACGAAGUCCAAGCAGCAAUACAGUCUCCGCAGCGCUCCCCAAGCCCCCCUGUCGUUGCCGGCCCCGCUCCGGCAGAGACGAACCACCGCGUCACCUCUGACAUUGUCCCACCUUGGGAUCGGGAUCGAGCGAGUCGGCUGAGAACCAUGAGUGAGGUGACGGAUCAGGCAUUCUCUGUGAACGGCUUUGUGCGUGAAUUGGGCUCGGCGACUGGGCCUGAGCCAACCGAGCCCGGCAACACUACAAACCAUGCAGAAGACUUGGCACAGCCGACGGCGACUAAGGCAACUCCCCAGCCGUCAAUUGAAGUAAAAUCCCCCACAACACGGGCGUCUCUGAUUCCCUUGGUCUCCUCCUCAGUCCCGCCUGAAAACAUAGGUGUGGUUGGGGAACGGCCCAUUGAGAACAAACUCCUACUCCAGGCGACGCCUCCAGUGGGGCAACCACCCCGGGUUGAGUUCACGUAUUGCGUGGUCUGCCGUUAUCCCGAGCUCCAGAGCAAAUCUUGGAAGCCGGAGGGCAGCUUCCGCAACAAGACACUGUCUAAGCUGGAAGAGGAGCUUCCUAUUCACCUGGACUGGUCUCAAUUCCAGUAUCUGCAUUUCGAUCUAACGGCUCCAAAUACGCACGCUGAACACCUGGUCCGGCACGGAAGUGAGGACCAAUUUGAUUUCAUGAAACGGCAACUGGCUGUUAUCAUCCGGGAUUGCAUUGCUAAUACACCACGCGGCAAGACAAUUACGGUUGGUAUUGUCAUUGAGCCGUUGCCGGAUGAGAAUGCGUUGAAGAAAUCGGCGGACAACGAAGUCAUGGAUUUCGAAUGGUAGAGAAUCAUCAGGGGUUUGCUCCUGCAUUGUGUGCGUGCUUACUUAUGAAAAGGGCUCAGUGCCCAGGUGGCGGAAUAAUGCGGGUUCUUGAGUGAGUUUAGAGGCUGAGGCCAUGUGCCCACAGACGUACUGUAAUAUUCUCUCUGCACUGUUAUUGGCACUGUAUUUUUUUUAUGAAACGCUGGGUCUUGAGCGUUUAUCACUGUAUGAAG